ACAUUGGAGGCAACAGCAGAAAACACCUGCAUUUCGCCUACCUGCCUGCGCUCGGUCUGUUAGAUUGGCAAAAUUACCAAACCUGUUUUCUAAUCGCGUCAUGAGGCUGACACGAAGAUUUUACGUAGCCUACCGCCGCAGUUCACCCUGCCUCUCCAUCUGAUCUCUCUGUUGCAGAAUUCCCCGCCUCCCCUUGCUUCAAUUUGCGCACCGCGAUCUUUAGCAGUGCUACGGAUUAACCAGCGGCUCAUAGACCGUGAACCGGACUGUCCACUAGUGUAGGAUUUAUUUGUCACGGAAAACACUUCGCACUGAAAACGAGUAGGGGGAAUGAUGACCAACCCUAUGCCCCGGUGUCUGGCUCACGGUUCCUAAAGAAGUCCUCUCAAGGAUGCUGCCUUCGAAGCGGAUCGAACGACAACCCCGGGCCUCGCUUCAGCCCGGGGUUCUACUGUGUAUCAUUCUCGCCACUGUCAGUGCAAGUAUGCCAACUAGGGGUAAGUGCCCGGACCACAUAGACUGUGCCCGCGAGGGGCGGCACUUCUGCAAACCUGGCACAUCCUACUGCGGCCCGUGUCUCAAUCCAUUGGACGAGAACGAGGAAGGAUUGUGCGUGGCAAGGACGAGCCGCCGUCACCAUGGUAAAGUCACAUCCUUCUCUGAUCUAGAUGAAGAGAUUGACUUCCUUCACUCUGUCAUUGCCAAACAGGAAGUGUCUGAGGUCAAACAAUCAAAACAAUCAGACACCCGCUCCAAGGCAGCUAGGACUCAGACAGAGGCUCCCAGAAUGAGAGGGCAGGUCCAACCCUCGGCGGGGCAGCCCAACACCACCCAGCCCUCCACCCAGGCCCCCCAGCCUGCCACCGGGGCUCUGGGGAGGGUUGGAGCGGGAGGACCUGAUGGCCUCAUAGCCGUCCCAUACACCUCCAAGGACAAUCUCCUCGUCAUUAUGAUCUCUGUGUGUGUCGUCUUUGGCGCCGCGGGCCUGAUCUUGGCGUCAGUUUUCUGGGUCAGGCUGCAGAAGGAAUCCCGUCUGGCCCAGAAGGUAGAUUACCCUGCAUUUGGAAGCCAUGGGAAUGGAACAGCCAACAGACCUUCAUCGGGGGAUAAGAAGUUGGCCCAGAGUGCCCAGAUGUACCACUACCAGCAUCAAAAACAGCAGAUGCUCUCCAUGGAAAAUCAUAAAUCGGAACCGAAGGUCGCUGACUCAGAAGUCACGUCAGAUGAGGAGGAAGUGGACGGAGACUUCACUGUGUACGAGUGCCCUGGACUGGCACCGACUGGAGAGAUGGAAGUGAAGAAUCCUUUGUUUAACGACUCUACCCUACACUACCAGGGGAAUCCCAUGUGAAACCCAUAGAUUUUCAUGCCUACACACACACACACACACCAUUUCUUGUACUCUGGAAAAAUAGCACGUGAACUCUCCGUUCUUAGAACUGGAUGGGCUUAUAUAAGAGGAAAUGAAGAGUCAGGAGGUUGACAGAUGUAUGAAACUCAAGAUAUAUGUCUCUAAUGGCACCCUUACACCCUAUAUAGUGCACUACUUUUGGCCAGAACCCUAUGGGUCCAGGUCAAAAGUAGUGCACUACAUAGGGUGUAGGGUGCUAUUUGGGAUGUAGACAAUCUUCCUGUAUCCUAGGACUUGGUCACUAGUAGGGUGUUUCUAUCAUACAAAAGGCCUAGUCCCCUGUACUUUCCAGUAAAAGACAGUGUUCCUUUUGAAUAUAAUUUGUUGUUUCAUGUCUUUGCACCUUUCCUUGGUCUUUUAAGCUGGUUUGUCAUUUAAUCUCACAACGAGAACAUUACUAUGGGAAACAAAUGUUUACAUUGCCAAAGCAAAUGAAAUGGACAACAAAUGAAAGGAUAAACAAAGGAAAAGACCAUCAGAAAUGAACAGUAAACAUUACUCACAAAAGUUUUUAAAGAAUAUAGACAUUUCAAAUGUUAUAUUAUUGGCACAGUGUUGCAACAAUGUCCAAGUAAUUGAAGUAUGAAAGAGAAAAUAAAUAAACGUAUAGGUUGUAUUUACAAUGGUGUUUGUACUCCACUUGUUGCCCCUUUCUUGAGGCAACAGGUCUCAAAUCUUAUUGAUGUGGUGGCACACUGUGGUAUUUCACCUAAUAGACGUGGCCGUUUUAUCAAGAUUGGAUUUAUUUUCAUAUUCUUUCUGGGUCUGUGUAAUCGGUGGGAAAUAUGUCUCUCUAAUAUGGUCAUACAUUUGGCAGGAGGUUAGAAAAUGCUGCUCGGUUUCUCUCUCUCUUAGAAUCAGUGUUUCAAUUGCUCACCUUUGUAAUGUCCGUUAUUAUCUCCCAAAGCCUCUAUAGAACACACAUAUGUGCAGACACACACACACAUCAAUUGUGCAGACACACACACAUCAAAACAGUCCCUUACUCUAUUAGCCAUGCAUAGCUAGUAGCUAACCCCAGGUCAUUAUACUGUAGAUACUGGUACACAUGAAGGGUUUUUCAUGAAAAGUGCUUGGCAUUUGGCCAAGGAGCAAGAGGAACACAAAGGGACACUGUCAUGAUAUACUGUGAUAUAAUCUUUUAAGUACUAUUUUAUGGAUGCAAAAAAAUGUAUGUCACAUAUUUGUGAUGUCUGUCUAUUCGUAUCUUCCAAAAACAGGGUUUAGGAUUAAGUUCUUGUCAUUUGGUGUAGCAAAUUUCAACUUGUUAAAUCAAUAUUGUAGAUUUAAGAAAGCAUAUUGGAAAAUGUAGUACCAGAUGAUUUCUCAUGCUUGGUUUGAUUCCGACAUGUUUGAAUAUGAUAAUCACUUUGAUUCGACCUCCUAUGUGUAACUGGAGGAGACAUGUACAUUGAUAUGUACACCUUAGUAAGAAUGUCUAUAGGAUUGAUGAUCCAUGGUGGAUGUCACUAUCUAGUAUUUUUUUCUCUCUUUCGUCCCUGUCAGUCCCAACCCUGGCGUUGCAAAAUGUGCAUAGAAAGAGUGAAACUGUUCACUUGUAUAUUUUUGUACAUGCAGGCCUCGCUUCUGAAUUAAACGUUUUUACCUCAAGUGAAGCUUGCAAAAGGA